UGAUGAUUAAAAUAUACCUGGGUUACUUCUUAAGCAUUUGGGAGCAUUUAUUAUUAUCUUCGAUUUGUUUCGGACGAGGUUCGACUCAGUGGCAGGCGCCCCGAAUUGUUGAUUAUAAUGGAAAUACUUUAUUAACAAACGUGACAAACUUCUUUUUUACUCCAGUCCCACCAAAUGGCUUUUUAGAGGAAUUGCCAAAUAUUAACCAACAAGUAAAUAUUCACUCAUCUAUUAGAAAACUUGAAAUUGUUUCUCGACUUCCUUUAAAAGAAAAACAAAAAAACCGAUACAAAAGAGAUGAUGGAAUAGAAGAAGAAGAAGGGGAAGAAGGUGGAAAUAAUUUAGAAACAGAUGAAGCUGAGGGAGAAGAAAAAUUGGAAGAAGAAAAAAAUGAAAAGAAUCGAGGGGUUAGAUUAAUAGUUGAUGAAAUUGAAGAUAAAUCUUUGCCUUCAUCGUCGCAAAUAAAAGAUCGCAAAACAUUUUCAAAGAAGGGACAAACUGCUGGGAAAAAUGAAAAUGGAAAGUUAGUAAAUUCUGGAAGCCGUCAAAGAGGUUAUUUUGGGAGUUUAACUACUAAAAUAAUGAAUUUCCUCUUCAAGUGGCACCAUCUGUCCCGAAAAAAGUUGAUGGAUAUUCGGCAAAUAAAUCAAAUAUCAACAAAAAUUUUGGACAGCAAACAACUAAAUCAACGUUGA